UGUGCCUUUGGGAGCUCGGAGCCAUUGUGAGGGUGACCUUCCUGGCGGUCCACGGGCCCUGGGGGAAAAUCCCUCCCCAGGUUAGAAAGAAGCGGGGCUGUCUGCCCUUCUGAUGUGAAAUGAAGUAGGGGCACCGUUUCUAAUCUCAGGCGACGGUGACGCUUUCCCCCUUUGCAUACAGCCUGGGAACAACACGGGUGGGUAGGUCGCACGUGUAUCCACGGUUUACAGAUGACGGGAUGGAGGCAUGACCUCCCGGCUCCUGGGUGAUUUUGGUCAAUGUUACCCUGGGCCCUUGAGGCAGAACCCGUGUCCCUAUAGCUCGGACUCUUCGGCGUCAGGCCACCGCAGACGCGGAAUCAUGAAUUAGAUGUGGAACAGAAGUACUGGUCGUUCACAAGUCUAGAGCGAGUGCCGCGCUGUUGGGGGGGGGGGCAUCCUUGCCUCUGAUACUCUGCAUUCUGGGGAGGGCUGGUCGUACACCAAAGGGUACAGAGCACCAGGGGGCACUAGGAGCUGUGAGGACACCAGGGCAGGCCCUCUCUCUGGGUCCUGAGACCUGAAGGGGACAGAGGUGAAGCCCCCUCGGCAACUGCAGCGACCCUGCAAGUUGAAUUGAGGCAGGGGUUGCGGCCUGGGCGCUACUGACGCCUCUCGGUUGUGGGGACCGGUGUGUGCUUGGUGGGGGGCUUCGCAGCACCUCUGUCCUCAACCCCUGGAUGUGAGUGGCACACUCCCCCAAACACGUCUCCAGACAUUGCACCGUGUGUGCUGAGAGACAGAACUCCCGGGCUGGGGACCCCUGGGCUGCAGGAGGGCAGGGACAUGGGCGUAGGGGCCCCUGAGGGGCCACAGGCCAGGUCUAGGGCCUCACAGGCUGCGGGGCAGAUUCUGGCCGAGGAGUGACACGAUCUGUCACAGCGUUUAGGGAGGUGGCCCUGGCUGCCGGGAGCGGGGGUUGGUCCUGAGGGGGUGCAGCCAGGAGGCUGUUGCACUAGUUCCUGGGGGGCCGGGCGGCCUGGGCCGGGCGGGCAGAGGAGGAGAUGAGUGUGUUCUGGGUGUGUGUGGAAGGAAGGUGCGUAGAUCUGGCUGUUGGGUGGGGGCAAGAGAACCGUCAAAGGUGACUCUGUGUAUGGGCGUGAGCAGGGUGGCAGUAGGUGAUGCCAUUCCCGAGAUGGGGAAGGCGCCAGGAGGAGCGUCUGGAGCGACCCAGAGCCUGGGUCCGGGCGUCAGCUUGAGAUUCCACGUAGUCACCCCCAAGUGGUGGCAGUGGGGGUAAGGCUCAGCAUGGGGCAAAUGUCGUCUGUCCGUGCGGCGGGUCCGUGCGGGCUGCAUAGAGGCCGCCUUCUCACUGGGGCUUCUCCUCUGCCUUGAAAGUGUCCUCAUGCUGUAAAGCUGCUCUGAGUGAUUCAGCGGCAGCCCUCUCCGCGUUGGACAGCAAACACUCACACAGGGAAGGGGCUAGAGAUGAAAACAGUAGGGAAAAACCCCACGAGCAAAGCCUUCUGGACUCGGGUCUCGUUCAGUCUGAGCAUCAACCCCUGAGCUCAGCUGCCCUGCUAGAGACACUUGGGAUCUUACGGAGUCUGUGGGCUGCAGGGGCGAUUGUCUGAAUCAUGAAAAGCAGGGCCGAGGCUGGGGGCUGGGAAAGGUGGCAGCUCCGCGGGGGGAGAGCAGACAGGCCCGUCGCAGCGGGAAGAGAGGCGCGGAACCCCACAUCUCAUGGGGUGGGCCACGACACAGCAGGUGCCGGGCAUUGAUUCAGAAGGGCUGUGGCAUGCCUCCCAAUCCCCCUGGGGGCCCACGGGGCUGUCCUGUCGCCUUCUCCCCAGGGUCCCACUCCCUGCGCUACCUCUUCAUGGGCGCCUCGGUGCCAGACCUCGGGCUGCCCCUGUUCGAGGCCUUGGGCUACGUGGACGACCAGCUGUUCGUGUCCUACAGUCACGAGAGUCGCCGGGCAGAGCCCCGCGCCCCGUGGCUCGAGGGUGGGGCCCCCAGCCAGCUGUGGCUGCAGCUGAGUCAGGGCCUGAAAGGCUGGGAUCACAUGUUCAUCGUGGACUUCUGGACCAUCAUGGACAAUCACAACCACAGCAAGGUGACGAAGCUCGGGGUGUCGUCGGAGUCGCACACGCUGCAGGUGAUCCUGGGCUGUGAGGUUCGAGAGGACAACAGCACCAGGGGCUUCUGGAAGUAUGGGUACGACGGGGAGAGCUACCUUGAAUUCCGCCCAGAGACGCUGGACUGGAGGGCGGCAGAGCCCAGGGCCCGGGCCACCAAGCUCGAGUGGGAAGUGAACGCGAUUCGGGCCAAACAGAACAGGGCCUACCUGGAGAGGGACUGCCCGGCGCAGCUGCGGAGUCUGCUGGCGCUGGGGACCGGGGCUCUGGCCCGGCGAGUUCCUCCCUCGGUGAGGGUGACUCAUCAUGUGGCCUCGGCAGCGACCACUCUACGGUGUCAGGCUCUGAACUUCUACCCCCAGAACGUCACCAUGAAGUGGCUGAAGGACAGGCAGCCACUGGACGCCAAGGACGUUGAGCCUCAGGACGUGCUCCCCAAUGGGGACGGGACGUACCAGGGCCGGCUGGCCGUGGCCGUGCCCCCCGGGGAGGAGGCCAGAUUCGCCUGCCUGGUGGAGCACCCCGGGCUAGAGCAGCCCCUCACGGCCACGUGGGAGCCCUCGACGUCCAGCACCCUGGUCAUCGGAGCCGUCAGUGCGAUCGCUGUUUGUGUCAUCCUCUUUGUCAUCGGAAUUCUGUUCAGAAUCUUAAGGAAAAGGCAGGCUUCGAGAGGAGUCCCAGGGGACUACGUGUUGGCCGAGUGUGAGUGACAGGCUGCCUGCAGACCUCCUGUGGGGAGGAGAUGCACAGACUCAAAGACGGGGCACCCUGGGGCGUUCUUGCCUUCCAGGACCGAGGACCUAACAAGCCGGACCCCACCGAGGAACUCUCUGCUCGGGGCCUUGCCGGUUCAUUCUCGACAAGCUUCUCCCAUUUCGGGUUUCGAGUUCCUGCGCCGCUCCCAGCACUGGAUCUCAGGGCUCUCCAGCGACCUCUCGGGUCUGUCUGCCUUACCUUCUGCCUCCCUUCGAGCUCCAUAUACCUAUGUCCUCUCCUCUCCUACCUCUGGAAUAGGGCUCCUAAAAUUUUGGGGGCCUCAGAAUUCCUUUCCACAUCUGAGAUAAAGCUAUGAACUUUU